CUCGAAGCAACGUCAUUAUGGCUUCCCAAUCCCCAUAUAUAUAAUAUAAUUGUGUCACUUUCUUUCUUUUUGUGCAUGCGAACUGUCCCCCCCUCCCCCUCCCUUCUCCCCACACGCAGGUCGACCCACAAUGCGCACCCCGCGCACCCACUCCCUCGACAACCUCCGCACCUUCCUCACCGCUCUAGUAAUACUCCACCAUGCGUCUAUUCCCUACGGCGGCCUCGGCUCCUGGCCGUACAUCCCCUCCCCCUCCUCCCCUUCCGCAGAGCCAGGCCUCUCCUCCCUCGCGCUCGUGCUCUUCAACAUCGUCAACCAAACUUUCUUCAUGGCGCUCUUCUUCCUCAUCUCAGGCUACUUUUCUGCCAGGGCUGCGGAGAAGAGGAGUUCAGCCGCAUUUUUCAAGGAGAAGGGGAAGAGGUUGGCGGUGCCGGGUGUGGUGUACAGUGUCCUUGGGCCGGGGGUUGUCGAGGGAAUCAUCGCGCUGUUGCGAGAUGGCGCGCCGGUCCACGAUGCAUGGAAUAGGAGUGUGGGGAAGGUGGUAAGUGUGAGGGGCGCGCGGGGCCCGGUGUGGUACUGCGGUGUGCUGCUUGUUUUUGACGGCGUUUUCGCGCUGGCUUUGUACCCGCGUGCCUCGCGCACCGCCGAUGUCAAGGAAGCAGGGGAUAAGAAUGCAGCCAAGCAGGACAAACGCAAGCCGCACAUCUCGCACCUCCGCGACGCACACAUCUUCCUGUGUCUCGCUGGUGCGGCGCUGGCGAGCUUCCUCCUCCGUCUCCGCUGGCCGAUUGGAACGACGUUCACGCCCCUAGGCCUAGAAGUCGGCUUCCUCCCCCAAUACAUCGUCUACUACGCUACGGGCAUCUACGCCCACUGCUCCCUUGGCACGGAAUUGCACCGCCUCGUUCCACGCACAAGCGUGCGGAUCCCCCGCGCGCUCUCCGCAAUCCGCACGAUACAAGGCAUCCUCGUGCUCACCGUCAACACAGGCGUUUUUCUACUGCUCUUCACUCCGACACCGGAGGCGCAUCUCCGCGGUGGCUUCAACGUCCUCGCCGCAUGCUACGCCGUCUUCAAUGAGACCUUGGGCUUCUUACUAUCUGUCUUGGUCCUCCGGGUGUUCGGUGAGCAGGACUGGGCGAGGAGGAAGUGGAGCGUCAAAGGAGGGUCGCUAGGAGAGGUCGAGCUCGCGCGGUGGAGUUAUGCGGCCUUUUUGGUGCAUGCGCCUGUUGUGGUGGGGCUGCAGUGCGGGCUCGAUGGGUGGGGAGUUGACGGGGUGGUGAAGAGUCUUGUGGUUGGGGUGCUGGGGUGUGCGGGGAGUUGGGUGAGUGGAAUAGGGCUGGGGAGCGGGUUGGAGAGAAUAGGAGUGAAGGGUUAUGUAUAGGGGCGUUGCGGAGUUAAGGGGGGGUGAAGACGUUUGGAUAGAGUGACAAAAUUAAGAGCAUAGAUUGCUGGGUUUGACUUUCUGCAUGCAAUCGAUUUAGCAUAUACAUUCUGGACUAGAAAAAUUGAGAAAAGAGAACGAGCGCGCACAGGUUGGUAUACUUGAAAUCAGUAUGAUUAUCAGCAAGUACGGGAUUAUACUUCAUAGAACUCAAAGUUCUG